AUGGGCCUUCUGCAUAAGAACCAUCACCAUGCUGCUCCCCCAGUGGCCAGCAGCAAUGUUCACGGAACAGCAGCCCCAGUCAAUCCUGCCGGCCGUGCUCCCAUCGGCAGCCACCAUGCGCCAGGCAUGAACGUCCACAAUCCAGGCCCAGCUCCGACCACUGCUGGCCCCCACCGUCAUGACUUGCUCAACAAGCUCGAUCCCACGGUGGACAGCCAUUCCGGAGGCGUCCAGCUCGUAGGGCCUGGUGUCCCGCCCAACGCCAUGUCGCAGCAGCCCAUGACCGCCGGAGCUGGAAACUAUCCCACUACAGCCCCCCACCACAGCUCCCGGAUCGCAGACACCGUGGACCCCCGAGUAGACACGAGGGCGGACAGGCACGUCAUGCAAGGCGCUGCCCCCAUGACGACAGGUCCAGCGGGUGCGUACGGCCAUCACUCAACCAGGAUGGGGGACACUGUCGACCCUAGGAUGGAGCCUGGCCUGGACCACAGAGCACACGGGGGGAUGCGUGGACCGGCCUCGGUGCCCCGGAACGUUGCUGCGCUGCCCGGUCCUGCGACCAAGACUGCCGGGCCGCAUCACAGUAACCUGAUGAACAGGCUGGAUCCGGCCGUUGACCACAAGGCGGCCUACGGUGCGCCGCAAUACCGCACCGCCUGA